CCGUUAUGAGACGAAGCUGUGUGCGUGACAACAAAAUGAUUUUCUCCACGGCGGCGCUAGUAUCGCAGGGGAGAAAAAUGUUGAUGGCUUGCUGACGAAGAAAUGUUUGCCGUGGGUGUUGUGUGCUUAAGAAAAACUAAAAAUUGUCUUGUAAUAUUCAAAGAGAACGCGAAAGUUAAAGUAAAAACGGUUCUAUAAGUGGCGUAGUGCAAUUGGGGUGUGUUUUUUGUUAGUAGAAUAUCGCGUAUGGUUCAAAAUAAUACGUACAUUGUCUGGUACACUGCACGGAGGCGCCAAUUGGCCUAAUUAAGGUGUACCCGCAGGAAAGUGUUCCACAAUCUAUAAAAGUGUUCAGUUUUUGGCGGAAAUACUUAAAAGUGUGUGAAAUACGUUUGGAAUGUGGUGUAAUGCCGACGGUAUUGUGGCAAAAGAAGUAAUUAAUAGGAGGCGUCAUCGCCGCUAAAGAAAGUUGCUGGAUGCUUCUGAAAGCUGCGGUUUUUUGUGCGAUACAGCAACAGACAGUAGUGUGCGUGUAGUGUUUGAUGUGUAACGGCUUCGUGUCGUUUAUGAAAGCGGUAGUGGUGUGCGUGAAGAAAAAUCCCCGUCUGGAGAGGUCCCGUUGUGUAUGCGCACGACAUUGCUAAAUGUCAUUUUAUUGUUGAAGGAAAAACGAAAACAACCUCCUGCAGUCGAUAGUGGAUAGUGGUGUGUUUGGUUGCUGGCGUAGCAGUUUGUUUACUUACCUUCUUGAAGGUGUUUCCCGCCCGAAAGGACUGAUGUGGUCGGCGUAUUUGAAAACUCAUUUUAUUUCACAUAAUCCGUUGUUAAGCUGUGGACGAUUUCGAACGGUGGUGAUCGCACAUUAUUUAACCUAAAGGUACAUCGUUAGUGGCGGUACUGCGGUCAUCAAAUCAGCAUCAUGUUUUACGCACACAUCGUGCUGGCCAAGAAGGGCCCUUUGGCCCGGAUUUGGUUGGCGGCGCAUUGGGACAAGAAGAUCACUAAGGCGCACGUAUUCGAAACCAACAUUGAGCAGAGCGUGGACGGCAUCAUGCAGCCGAAAGUGAAGUUGGCUCUGCGUACUUCCGGCCAUUUGCUGCUGGGAGUUGUGCGCAUCUACGCCCGGAAAGCCAAAUAUCUGCUGGCCGAUUGUAAUGAGGCGUUCGUUAAGAUUAAGAUGGCUUUCCGUCCUGGAAUGGUGGAUCUGCCGGAAGAGCAUCGGGAAGCAGCAGUGAACGCAAUCACGCUGCCGGAAGUGUUUCAUGAUUUCGACACACCUUUGCCGGAGUUGAAUGACGUCGACAUUGAAGCACAUUUUUCUAUAAAUCAAUCCCGCGCAGAUGAAAUUACGAUGCGCGAGGAUUAUGGCACACUCCCUCUAAACUUACAUGAUGAUGGUUUUGGCGAUAUGGGCUUUGAUGAUACACCGGACAUGGUUCGUGAUCGUAUGGACGAUCAGAUAGAGGACGAUCUGUUCACCGAUACCGUAACGCGCCCACCAGAUUUAGAACAGGACAAGGAACCGUUGCCUGGAACAUCUCGAUCUCUCUUAGAUUCCAUCGAUCCCCAUCAUCCGCACGGAGACGAUGACAACUUUGGCGAUGAGGAUUUUGGUGGCCAACCCGCAGCAGGUUUGUUUGAAGGCGAUAUAUUUGCAGAUGCACCGCUGGCCCCAGAACCGGAACUUCCUACCGCCGUUACUCAGCGUCGAGAUGAUUCGGAUGAUGACGAUGACGAUCACUUCGACAUGGGCGGUGCACCGUCCCCAGCACCAAGUUCAGACAAUUCUCGGCCUCCUUCACCCAUAACGAACAACGCAUUGUUAGAUGGUGAACCACAGCCCGGUACGAGUAAGGAUACGGGUGGUGCACAGGGUCCACAAUUGCAUCCAGAAACCGGCCUUCCUAUUGUCCAUAAUCCUGAAGAUGGCGAUGAAGGUAAUGACUGUAAUGAUGGGCAUCCGGAUCAAGCAACGCUACUAAAUAACGAGGAAGAAAGCUUUGCUCUAGCGCCAGUCGAUGCGACCGCCCUGAAAGGAACAACAAAAUCGAAGCGGAAACGAAAGUUGAUUGUCGAUGAAGUGAAGAACAUAUCGGGAGAAGAGAUGAAGAGCCAGCUCGCCAACACGUCCGACAUUGUAACGACACUGGAUUUGGCACCGCCUACGAAGCGACUUAUGUAUUGGAAAGAAACCGGUGGUGUCGAAAAGCUCUUUACUCUUCCCUCGCGUGACAUUCCUGCGCGAUGUCUAUUUAAAAAUUAUCAGCGCCACCUAACUUCGCGAUCGAUUGGUAUUGAAGACUUUGCAGUACUGGCUCCGUUGGACGUUCUUGGGGUAGAAUUACUGGUGGAACGUGCAGAAUCACCAGUCCCGGUUGUACCAUCAAAGCGCGGCCGAAAGCGGAAACAACAGCCAGAAGCGGCAUCAACGCAAAGCUAUUUGGAACAAUCGGCGAGUGAUCAAAUGCGAAAUGUUGCUGGUGAGAUGGCUCCUCCGACUCCGGCUUCAAUAGAAAUGCGUGAGGAUGGAUUGGCGGCGGAUGCAACACAGUCAUCCUCGUUCAUGCCACCACCUGCGACCCCGGGGCUGAGUCAGUUGGGCAGUCCAAACCAUCAGAGUCAUCUAAUGCCGCCUACCCCCGGUUUACCAACCAUUCCGAUGACUCCGGGACAGCUUGAUCACGGUGGUUUGACACCAGCAGGUCUGGGUCAUGGUGGGGAGCUGACGCCGGUGGGGCUUUCUCACGGGGGACUUACGCCGAGCGAUUUGCAUCACGGUGGUCUUACACCGGCCGGAUUACACCAUGGUGAUCUUGGCGGUGGCAUGACUCCACACGGGUUAGAUCACGGCGGUAUGACACCUCACCAUGCAUCGCUGGAAAACAUUGACCAAAUUCCAAACCUGCCCGCCGACCAAGUUUCCUCGAUCCUCAAUGAACCGGGAAUGGAAGGAUUCUCCAACAUGGGAUUCGAUGGGAACACGUCGGAAGAAAUAGCGAACGAUUGGAAUGGGGACUAUGAGUUCCCACCCUCCGUCGGUGCAACGCAUCCUAACGAGGAGCAGCAAGUAGACGAAACGAUCGAGCAGUUUGAGGAGCGUGUACUGAACAAACGAGCGGCACAAAUGUUCCUCUCGGUGAAGUCUCGAUUAUUGAAAGCCGAUCAAAUGAUGCUGUCCGAAAUGACGCAUCGAAACAAUAAAAAACAGGCUGCUCAAAAGUUCUACUCACUUCUGGUGCUGAAAAAGUUCAAGGCAUUGGAAAUCUCACAGAAACAGCCGUACGACGACAUCAUCGUCACGAGGGGCCCGAUGUUCGAUAAUCCGAAGCUGUAAGCUGUAAG